AUGGACGCCGUGCGAACGCGAAUCGCGAGCGCGACGAGCGCGUCGGCCAGAACGCACGGGAGGUCUCGACACCGCGCGCGCGGGCGACGCGCGACGGCGGCGAGACCGUCGAUUCGCGCGCGCGCCGAGGCGAGUGAUGGGGAAGAUGCGGUGCCGGAGAUGUACGUGGAUCUCGCGUGUCGUUUGGCGGACGCGGCGGGGGCGGUGACGACAUCAAUGUUCCGACGGCGAGACCUGGUGGUGGACGAUAAGAGCGACGCGUCGCCGGUGACGAUUGCCGAUCGCGAGGCGGAGAGCGCGAUGCGGAUGUUGGUGACGAAAGAAUGCCCGACGCACGCGAUCUUCGGUGAGGAGCACGGGAUCGAGCUCGGCUCGAACGGGUCGAGCGAGUGGAUGUGGGUGUUCGACCCGAUUGACGGGACGAAGAGCUUUAUCACGGGGAAGCCGCUCUGGGGGACGUUGAUCGCGCUCUUGCACAACGGAGAGCCAGUUUUGGGGAUUUUGGAUCAACCCGUCCUCAAAGAGCGAUGGAUCGGCGUUCGAGGAAAGAGGACGACGAUGAACGGGAAGCAGAUAUCGGUGAAGAAGAAUGAGUCGCUCGCCGACGCGUACAUGUACAGCACCACACCGCUCAUGUUCGAGGGCAUGAACGCCGCCAAGUACGACACACUCGCGAGCAAGGUGAAGAUCCCGAUGUUCGGGUGUGAUUGCUACGCCUACGGCUUGCUCGCGAUGGGUUUCGCGGACCUCGUCGUCGAGGCGGACCUCAAGCCGUACGAUUACAUGGCGCUCGUCCCCAUAGUCAAGGGCGCCGGCGGUUCGAUGACUGACUGGAAGGGUCAAGAGCUCGUGUUCACCGCCGACCGCGCCGCGCUCGAGAGCGGCCAGUUCCAGGGAGAAGUCAUCGCCGCGUGCGACGAAACGCUCCUUCGCGACGCCACCUCCAUCCUCAGCAAGACGCUCUUCUAA